AGCGACGAGCUCAUGGCGCGCCUGUCCAUCUAUCUCGCCGGCGCGGCCCUCUCGUCGGCCCUGGGCUCGCUCUUGGCCUCGGCAAUCUUGACAAUGGACAGCAUCGGCACCCUCAAGGGCUGGCGCAUGAUCUUUCUCGUCGAGGGCCUCGUCACGGUGGGCGUCGGCAUCGCCGCCUACUUUCUCGUCACCGACAGCAUCCAGAGUGCCCCGUGGCUGACGAAAGAAGAAAAAGCGCUGGCCGAGGCGAGGAUCAAGGCUGAAAAUGUUGUCAGCACCGAAGUCGUCGAAUCGAUGCGGCUCACGACGCUGCUGGGCGCCAUCUUCAAUGUCCCCGUCCUCUUCAACGGCCUCAUCCUCCUCUUUACCCAGGUCACCGUUCAGGGCAUGGCCGUCUUUCUGCCCUCGAUUGUCCGCACCAUGUUCCCACACCGCAGCGUCGUCGUCCUCCAGCUGCUCUCGGCGCCCCCGGUCUUUCUCGCCGCCAUCAGCACCCUCAUGCUGUGCUACCUGGCCCGAAAGACGGGCCAACGCGGCGUCUUUGUCCUCGUCGCUGCCUUCACUUCAGCUACCGGCUUUGCCAUCUGGGUUGCAACGGACCACCACCAGGCGCAUCUGCGCUACGGCGCCGCCUUUCUCGUCGGCUUCGGCUCCUUUGUCCUGGGCGCUCUCUGCCUGGGAUGGACAAGCGCAAACUGCCCCUCGGACACUGCUCGAGCCGGCAGCAUCAGCGCCGUCGGCGUCAUUGGCAAUGUCGGCUGCCUCAUCUCCGCUUGGACCUACAUCCCCAAAGACGCGCCCAACUAUCGCAUUGGCCAUGCGAUCAAUCUCUCGACGAUGAUCGGCAUCAUAGCUUCAACGCUUCUCCUCCUCACCUACCUACGCCACCAGAACCACCGCAAGACCAAGGGCGAACUCGACGGCCGCAUCCAGGGGCUCCAGGUCGCAGACCAGCAGCUCCUGGGGCACCGUCACCCAGGCUUCAAGUACAGCUAUUGAGCAUUCCGUAGCAGCAGCCCGAGCUUGUUUUGUACAUGGUGGCAGCUACCCCACGCCAUAUCAUGGUCCGUGUAUCGUCGAUUCAAAGAAGGUUCCUCCAG